GUCCACGAAAGCCGCCCACUUCUUCGGAGAGCGGGCGCUGAUGAGCAACGAGCCGCGGGCAGCCACCAUCACGGUGGUCUCAAAUGAGGCCAAGGUCUUGGUCCUUGACCGCAUAGCCUUCAACUUACUUCUCGGGCCUCUAGAGGACAUUAUCAAGGCGCAGGAAGAGGGCCAGAAACGAUCCUCUGCUCUUGGCAAAG